GUCCUGUGCGUCCCUUUCCCGCGAACGGCUAGCGCUCGCGCGUUGACGCCGUCUCGCCGAGAGCUAGGAGGCGCGUGGAGGCUUAUGACACUGGUGUUAGCGUUGUCUGAAGAAUUCACGCGUUACCAUGGCGAAGCAAAGCUCUCUUUUCAAUUUUUUCACCAAGUCUCCGCCGCCGGUCUCGAAGCCGAAGCCGAGUCCCUCUCCAACGGAGGCGGACCUGCCUUCCUCGGUGGACAAGUCCAACUCCUCUCCGACGGAGCAGGCUAAACAGACAGCACAACAACAGGCGAGCAAGAGCAGCAAAAGCAAGGCGAAAACUGAGCCCAAGUCUGUAAAAGGAGGAUUUAAGAAACUAUUCGGCGACAAGGCUCCAACUGCCAAAGAAAGCUCUUCGUCUCCGUUCAGUGCUGGUGCUCUUGUUUGGGCAAAACUAGAGGGACACCCCUGGUGGCCAUGCAUGGUGGUCCCGCAACCUCUGACUGGACAACAGAUGCGAGGUCGUGGUCGAGCGCAGCGCAUACAUGUCCAUUUCUUUGAUGAACCUCCUACCAGGGGAUGGGUCAGCACCAAAUACAUCCGAGAGUACCAAGGCUCUGACAGUAGUGAUGCUCAAACUGGAGGAGUGUUCUUCAGCGGGAAGCCCGUCAUCCGCCAUGCAAUGGAGCUGGCUGACAAAGUGAUGUUUGACAGCCCAGAAAAAAGACUGAAGAUGCCUCUCUGCGCUGAUCCAUCUGAUGACGAAGAGGAGGACGAAGAAAUGGAGCUUGAAAAGUCAACAUUAACUGACGAAGAUGUCUGUGAUGAAGAGGAACAUAAAAAUGGAGACUUGAACCAGUCCAAAGUCAGUCGGCGAUCAUCCCGCACUACAACUCAAAGUAAAGGAAAUAAAGCCAAACGGCGUCGCAUAGUUGUGGCGUCAGAUAGCGAUGGCUCGGAUGAUGAAUUCAAACCAGAGCAGGCUGCUUCCAGCAGUGAGGAUGAGGAGGAGGAAGGAACAGUGAGCAGUGAGGCGGAGGAAGAGGAGAGCACUCAAGAGUCAGAGGCAGAAAGCCCCAUCAAGCCUGCAAAGCGCAAACGACCCGCAGAGAAGCCUGCUAACGCAAAAGCCAAGGUAUCCACCCCCCCGUCUGCUGCACCCAAGCGGGCUCCGGUGGGUGUUGCAGCAGACACCAAGUCGCGCCUGUCCGCCUUUACUGCUCCCGACAGCUUUGAGAGUCAGACAAAUGGUUCCGGCAACAGUGGAGGCGCAACAGUUUGGGACCACGAGAAACUGGAGUGGCUGCAUGACGGCAGGAGAAAAGAUAGACGGAGACGGCGGCAGGCGGAGGAUGACUACGAUCCCACCACCCUGUAUGUGCCUGAAGAUUUCCUCAACAGAGUCACUCCUGGGAUGCGUCGGUGGUGGCAGCUCAAAUCUGAGAUGUUUGACACUGUUAUUUUCUACAAGGUGGGCAAGUUUUAUGAGCUCUACCACAUGGAUGCUGUCGUAGGAGUCAAUGAACUGGGUCUAACUUUCAUGAAGGGAACCUGGGCGCACUCGGGCUUUCCAGAAAUUGGCUUUGCCCGUUUCUCCGAUGUGCUCGUCCAGAAAGGCUACAAGGUGGCCCGUGUGGAACAGACAGAGACCCCAGAGAUGAUGGAGGCGCGCUGCAAAACCAUGACCAAGCCCACCAAGUUCGACCGCGUGGUGAAGCGAGAGGUGUGCAGGAUUAUCACGCGUGGCACUCAGACCUACAGUGUGUUGGAUGGAGCUCCCUCAGAGUGUCAGAGCAAGUUUUUGCUGAGUUUAAAAGAAAAGGCUGAAGAGGAGAACUCUGGUUGUUGCCGCACCUAUGGCGUCUGCUUUGUGGACACGUCAGUGGGUUGUUUCCACAUAGGCCAGUUCAUGGAUGACCGUCACUGCUCACGCCUGCGCACCCUCAUAGCACACUUUGCCCCUGCAGAGGUGCUCUUUGAAAAGGGGAACCCAUCUGUUGAGACACGCAAAAUACUCAAAGCCUCUCUGUCCUCGGCGCUGCAGGAAGGCCUGAACGCAGGAACACAGUUCUGGGAUGCUCAGAAGACCCUCAAAACCCUCUCAGAGGAGGAUUAUUUUAAAGAGACUGAACAAGGUACAGGAAGCGGUUUUCUUCCAGCUCUUUUAAAAAAGAUGACCUCUGAAAGCGAUUCAUUGUGCCUUACUCCUAAGGAAGGCUAUGAACUGGCACUGUCAGCAAUGGGCGGAUGCAUUUUCUACUUAAAGAAAUGUCUGGUAGACCAAGAGCUUCUCUCCAUGGCCAACUUUGAAGAGUAUGUUCCUGUUGAUGUAGAGAUGGAGAAAGCUGCUGGACCAGCCAGUUUCUUUUCUCAGACUCGACAGCGUAUGGUUCUGGAUGGAGUGACUUUGGCAAACUUGGAAAUCUUCCAGAAUGGAUCAGGAGGGACUGAAGGCACGCUGCUGCAGCGUUUGGACACUUGCUCAACUCCAUUUGGCAAAAGGCUCCUGAAGCAGUGGCUGUGUGCUCCUCUGUGUAAUCCCACAUCCAUCAGAGACAGGCUAGAUGCAGUGGAGGACCUGAUGGGUGCUCAAUCCCAGACUGCAGAGGUCACCGACCUGCUGAAGAAGCUUCCAGACUUGGAGCGUCUUUUAAGUAAAAUCCACAGCAUCGGCACUCCUCUGAAAGGCCAGGAUCACCCUGACAGCAGAGCUGUUCUCUAUGAGGAGGUCACUUACAGCAAGCGCAAGAUAGCAGACUUCCUCUCAGCGCUGGAAGGUUUCAAAACUAUGCAGGAGAUCAUUUCUGUCUUUGCUCCAGUUGUAGGUGAAUUUCGGUCCACGUUGCUGGUUCAGAUCAUCAGUCUGAAAGGUGAAAAGGAUGGCCUAUUUCCAGACCUCUCUGUUGAGCUGAAGCGCUGGGACACAGCCUUCGACCACCAAAAAGCCCGCAGCACUGGUGUCAUAACCCCCAAAGCUGGCUUUGACCCAGAGUAUGACCAGGCUCUGACUGGAAUCAAGAACUGUGAGAGAGACCUGCAAGAUUACCUGGACAGACAGAAGAAGCGACUGGGCUGCAAAAGCAUGGCCUACUGGGGAACGGGGCGAAAUCGCUACCAGAUGGAGGUGCCCGACAGCGUGUCGGAGAGAAAUAUACCCGAGGAGUAUGAGGUGAAGUCCACAAAGAAAGGAUGGAAACGCUAUGUGACGAACGAGACGGAGCGGCUGUUCUCAGAGCUGCAGGGGUUUGAAGAGAAGAGAGAUGCUGCGCUGAAAGACUGCAUGCGGAGGCUUUUCUACAACUUUGACAAAAACUACAGCGACUGGAAAACUGGUGUGGAGUGCAUGGCAGUGCUGGAUGUGCUGCUGGCCUUGUCAUGCUACAGCCAGGGUGGGGACGGCCCAAUGACCCGCCCACAGGUCAACCUCCCCGAGGGGCAUGACCAGCUAGCGCCCUUCAUUGAGCUCACUGGCUCCCGUCACCCCUGUAUUACCAAGACCUUUUUUGGGGAUGAUUUUAUUCCUAACGACAUCUACAUCAGCUGCCCUGGUAGUGGUGAAAGUGAUGAGGAGAAAAAUCAGGCCUCCUGUGUCCUCGUCACAGGACCCAACAUGGGUGGAAAGUCUACUCUCAUGAGGCAGUGUGGACUUGUGAUCAUUCUAGCUCAGCUGGGUUGUUAUGUUCCUGCUGAGAGCCUGUGCUUCACGCCAGCUGACAGGGUCUUUACUCGGCUGGGAGCCUCAGAUCGUAUUAUGGCUGGUGAGAGUACCUUCUUUGUGGAGCUGAGUGAGACUGCCAGCAUUCUUCACCAUGCCACUAAACACUCACUCGUUCUCCUGGAUGAAUUAGGAAGGGGCACAGCCACAUAUGACGGCACAGCCAUUGCCAGUGCUGUUGUGAAGGAGCUCGCUGAGAAGAUCUGCUGUCGCACCCUCUUCUCGACACAUUACCACUCCCUGGUCGAGGACUACGCUAACAACCCUGCUGUGCGGUUGGGCCACAUGGCAUGUAUGGUGGAGAAUGAAUGUGAGGAUCCAAGUCAAGAGACCAUUACAUUCCUCUACAAGUUCAUCACUGGUGCUUGUCCAAAGAGUUAUGGCUUUAAUGCUGCUCGACUCGCCAGCCUGCCAGAGGAGGUCAUCCAGUUAGGCCACAAGAAGGCCAGAGAGUUUGAGAAGAUCACAAUGAGCCUCAGGCUCUUCAAGAAGAUCUGCCAGUUUGCAGAUGAUACCACUCUGGACAAGUCACACUUCUCUACACUUGUUCAGAUGGUCAACACCCUGUAGUUUGAGCAACAGUUUGGCUUUGCUAAAGUUUUUUUUCCCUUUUGUCAGCAUUUGAAAAAAACACUACUGAAAUGAUCUAAUAAAGUUUAUUUUUAAAAAAUGACAAUGUUUCAUCUAGGAAAUUAAACCCUUUUAAUUCACGCUAGCGCCUACACAACGGUUAUUGAAUACUUCACAAUAUAUUAAGUCUAGAUGUUAUGAUACAUGCAUACAUUUCAGUCUGUAUGAGAACCCACAAUCACCAAUACACAUGAAUGAGGGGGAGGGCAAUGAAACCAUAUAGUGCUGUAUGUAGAUACUUGUCUCAACUUAGGUAGAGUAAAAGCCUAAAUUCUCCAGCAACAUUGGCAAAUAAGAGAAGAAACAGAUUAGAAUUGUGUGCACUUUCACAGGACUUGUUCUUGGCCCGGACUAGUAAGAGAAAUUUAAUGUCUAAAGAAUUAAUUAAUAAUUCAUUUAUUCUAAUACAGGGCUAAAUGUUUGUAUAAAGCUACUACAAAUCAAAUUAUGAUUUCAUAGCAUAAAAAACUUGGACCCCAACCAUGUGUUCAAUUUAGAAGUGAGCAAAGAUGGGGCUGUGUCUUUAUUUAAAAAAAAAAAAAAUACAUCACAGCAGUUUUGUCCCAUAACCAUGCUAAUUAGACUUCCUGCAGGAGUAAUGGUCUUGGCAUAACAAACAGGAAAUAUGCAUAGAUUAAAGAAACAUUUGACACAAUUCUAAAGAAGUCAGCAAGUCUUGUGAGAGCUCACUUGAGCAUCAGUUUUCUGUAUUGCAAAUGUAGACGAGUCAACAUUGCUGGAGAAAAUGUUUAGUGUUUUCCUCUGAUCUCUUUCACAGAAAGAAGUUAGAUACUGCGACAUGAGUAUAAUACAGCAAUUCUAGGGUAUAAUAACCAAAAAAAAAUUUAACACAUUUAAUAAAAUAAAGACAUUCAAGUACAGUAAGAUUUUGCAUGAAAAUACAAAACUACACAAAGCAUUAAAAUCAAAUCUCAGUUGUCUUGAGGGGAGGACAAAAAAGCUGAAGUGCUAGGUCAAUUUUCCCCAUACGUGUCAUAAGACGACGUCGGUUGCCCAGUGAUGGAAGCAUGUUGUAUUUGGGGCCUUUGCCUCCACAAGGAAAAAAAAAAGUUGUGCCUCUUCUGGCUGAGCUUCUGGUUGCAAUGUGGCUGUACAGGAAGGACUGCAGUAUCUGGUUCCUCCACUUCUUCAAAGCAGAUGAGCCUUGGCAGCUUUUGUCCGUCUCAUUUAUUUGACCAAACUAACACACCCACAAACCCUGAGUCAGCUGCUCUUCUGCUCUGUCCCACUGAGGUCACUUUUUUUUUUUUUU